UUUUUUUUUAUCAGAGUAUUUGUGAUAAAUUUUAAUUAUUUAAAUAGAAAAAUCAAAUAAAUUGAACUUAAACAAAAUUAGAUUUUAAAUUAAAAUUUAAUAAUUUAAAAUGAAAACAUAAAUAUCCAUUAGCUUUUUAUUAUCCGUUUUUGAAGAAUUUUAGGUUUCAAAAUCAGUCUUCCUCCCACCGUCCCUUGAAGAAAAUUGUGGUUUCUCUUUAUUUAAGGUUUUGAUGGCAAAAUCCAAGGUAAUAUCUCUUUCAAAUUUCCUGCAACUUAAGGCAAUCUUGUCAUCUUAACCUUACUAGUUGUUGCUCAAAUAAAAGCCACAGGGCAUACUCUUGAACUCUCAGAUGACAGUUCCAUUGAUGGAGUUCAUGUGAAUGAUUUAUGCUUUUCAUUUCCUAACUCUUUGCAUAGAGAUACUCCUAAAAGCCCAAUAUCACCAAGUCUGCCAAAUUAUGUUAGUGAUUCAAAUGAUGGGAAUGGUAUAUUUGAAUCACCAAAACUGCCAAGUUAUGUUAGUGAUUCAGAUGAUGAGAAUGGAGCCAGUGUCUAAAUUUUCUAUUAACAUAUCAUAUAAUCUUCAUGGUGACCAUUCAAGUGCAUUUUCAAAGGCCUCAGCCUCUCUCACAUUGUUUAACAUUCUAUUCAAUUAAGCUUCUUUUUUUUUUUUAAUGGAGCAUUUGGAAGAAGAUGGGGAGUAACUGAUGUAGAUAGGGAAGGAAAUUAUGAAUAUAAAGGAAUAUUAAAUUGUCAGUAAUAUUUACCUAUUAUCUAUCAGGAUUUAUAUUGUUCAAUAAAGAUAAGCUUCUUUGUCUUUGUGAUGAACUUACCCUUGUUGAUUGCCAAAGUAUAUUCCCAAACCAUGCCUCUCACCUGCUAAGUUUUUUUAUGCUAUUACAUCUGCCACAGAUUCUUCAACCUAUUAUAUUGUAUGUCAGUGGGUUCUGUAUUUUACUUUUUCACUUAAUUUCUCUUGUUGCUAGGUGGCUGUUAACAUUUUUAGGAACUUGUCACUUAAAGCACAAGUUCUUUGGCUAACUGUCCAAUUGUGACAGUACUUAUUGAAUUGUCCUUGGCCAUCUCCAUGUACGUGCAUAAAGAUUAAAGACUUUGUUGCAUACAAACACACACAUAGGACAAAGCCUUUAUGCUUUGAACGUUGAGAUGGUUCUGGUUGCAGUUAUUAGUGUUGAACUUAUUGGUGAUGGUGGAAAUGUGUUAGUAAAACUAGAAUACUAGAUGAAGUUCAUCUAUUAUUUAAUCCUUUUAAUUUUAAUUAUUGGUGGUUCUGAUAAUUAAUUACUAAGGAUAGCUUUGAUUGUGAAGCAAUGCUUAUUGAUUGCUUCAACUCUUUUGUAUGUUUUGUGAUAUAUCCUUGUCAAUGUUUUAAUGGUAAACUUGGCCCAUGACCAUGUGCAGCAUCCUUAGGUUCUAAGGUUUUGUGAUAUAUCCUCGUCAAUGUUUUAAUGGUAAACUUGGCCCAUGACCAUGUGCAGCAUCCUUAGGUUCUAAGGUUUUGUGAUAUAUCCUUGUCAUAUUUUGGUUUUAUUUUAUUUUUCAGGUGAUGAUGGACCAGCUUCAAAUGAAAUGCUUUAUUGUGG